AUGAUACUCUCUAUAGCGCAACGUGCAGUGAGACACGCUAGCACACCUACCAUUAGAUGUACUAGAGAUAUCUCGACCGCUGUUCACCCGGCAUUUUCUAACGGUAGACACGGUAAAUUCCUCGCUUCUGCGAAGACGCAAGAGUCCAUCCCCACAGAAUACGGACUCCCAGAGGUACGUGGAGUGUCUUCCACGGAUUAUCGAAAUCACUCACCUCUCCUUCCUUCUUCAAGAUUGUUGUCGCAGGUACUUGCGACCUAUAAGCUUCUCCGUCAUGUCUCUAACAAAAUUUCAGGUCGUGCAAAUGUCGGCAAGUCCACCUUACUCAACGCCGUCGUGAACCGCAAAGACCUCAUGUUAGCAGGUAAAACUCCUGGUCGCACGCAAGCCCUCAAUUUCUUUCGCAUCGGCCCAGAGCCGGGUCAUCUCAUCCUCGUCGACGCACCCGGGUAUGGAUCCCGUGGUCGACCCGAAUGGGGAGCACUUUUCGACCACUACCUUCAAAACCGCUCUUCUCUCAGACGCGUAUACAUCCUCUUCCACGCCAAACACGGUCUCAACGAAUCCGAUAGACUGAUGCUCUCUGACCUUGACCAGCAAGUACAGAGAUCUGGCGGCACGACGUGGACACUUCAGGCCGUCGUCACCAAGGCCGAUAUGUUACUCUCCUCUUCCAAAGUUCGCGGUGAGAAAAGUGACGAAGACGCCCAACAAUGGUUGUCAAAGCUGAGGAAGGAUAUUUUUGAGGCUGCGCCGACCUGUUUGCCGCCAAUUAUUACUUCAGCGAACAAAGCUCCGUUCUUUGGCAUCGACGAAUUGAGGAGCAACUUGGUCAAUGCUUGUAGUAUUUGA